AUGGCAGUGGAAUGGGGAGAUAAAUAUUAAUUGUGCUUUUACACAACAGACACCACAUGGUCAUCUGAAGAGAGGGGUCUAGUCCAUUAAGUCCAAAGUCUAACUAUAUGUAGAAGCACCACUGAAUAUUGGGAAGAUGUAUGUUAAUGGUUCACUCAUUCUAGUAAAUUUGCACAUUCCCCCCACCUUGAAACAAAGCAGUCCAAAGAUCUAGCUGGGUGGGCAAGACAUUGAGUGAGUAGGUUUGUGUUGCUGCUUUGGUUCAUGGAGGACCAUAAGUGAGCAGUUGACAAUGUGACAACGCACCAGAAGUUAAUAAGAGAAUCUGUAACUUUCAACAGGACCACAGGUGCUGUUUCUUCUGGUACCUGCAUCAGUCUCCCACGCUAUGUUGAUCCUAUCCUGCUCUUCCAAGCUGCAGAUCCUAGAGGGACUGCUGAAGAAAAGCCUCCCUCAGACACUUCAGGUCUAUGGUGCAGUCAUGAACAUAAACCGCGGGAACCCAGUGGGCCACGAGGUGAUUGUGGAUUCUUGGCCAGAUUUCAAGGCGGUCGUAACUCGUCCACAGAGAGAGGCUGUUUCAGACAAUGCGGAUUUCUUGAGCAACAUAUAUGCAGCAUUUUAUCGGGAUCUUGAUGUGUACCGGAAACUGUUGCUAGACACAGAUGCCAUCAACUGGGACCAAACCUUUGCUCUCUGCGGGAACCAUGAUGGGAUAUAUGAGGUCUCUAAAGAGGCUGUUGCUGCCAAGGAAGUCCAGUUGACUGCAACCCCCUACUUUACCUACCUGAACCUCAACCCAGAUAAACAGCCUGAGCCCCGGCUAGAUCCAGGCUUCACUUUUUCCUCCUUAAAUAGCUCCCACAUUGACCUGCUGAAUGAAACGUGGCACUUUGGGGGCAGUGAACACAGCCGGAGAUAUCUGGCCAACAUGGUGCAAUGCUUCCCCAGUACCUGCAUCCUGGACUCCAAUGGUCAUCCUAUCAGCUGGAUCAUCAUGGAAUCUCUGGGUACACUGAGACACGGCUACACCCUUCCAUCCCACCGCCGAAGGGGCUAUUCAUCUAUGGUGCAGAGGGCACAGGCCAGGCGUGUCCAUGCAGCUGGCUUCCCUGUAUAUGGCCUUGUUGCCCUAGAUAAUACCCCCCAGCAGAAACUGCUGGUCUCCCUUGGCUUCCAAAGAUUAUCUGAACUGUGUCAUUACUGCAUCCAUUCUCCAGCUUCUCAGUGAGAAGAGGGGAGAGCAACAGUCGUUUUCCAGGAUCCUGUUCAAUCCUUUCACUUACCAGUCCUCUGAAUGGGAGAGAGGGAGAUUAUCACACCCUUUCAAGAACCAUUCCCCGUUACUCUAUUUUCCAUUUAAAUGCUACCUCAAUUCCUGUUGAUUAAAAACUUUGGUGCUGGGUUUGGACUGAAUCAGACGACAUUGGGUUUUUGGGUGAAUACCCAUGACCCCCAUUUUGAGUGUCUAUUGCUCUGUUUGUGGGGUGCUGCAAAAUGCAGUGUUUUCUCUGCAAAACACUGCUGCCAAAUUUUUCUCAAAGUUUGGCCCCUGUUUAGAGCAAAUCAGACGAUGUUUGGUUUUUGGGUGACCCCUGAGUUUGAGUGCCCAUUGCUCUGUUUAUGGGGCAUUG